CAAAAAAAAAAAAACCAAUUUUGCUUUGAAUCGAAGGUUUGAAGAUUCAAUUAAAAAAAUACAAACUCCAGCUCUCUCUCUCUCGGGUUUCUAAUCAUUGGAGAAGCAUCAAACCAAACCAGCUGCUGCUAAUUAGACAUUGAUAUAGGAAGGAAGCAAAGGGGCUUUGCUUACUUUGAAUUUGGUAUGAAACGAGGAUUCUCACAAUCUCCUUCCAGCUCUACUCCUCCUCCUUCCUCCAGAUUCAAACCCAACCCUCCAGGAGGUGAUUCAGAGUAUGAUGAAGAGGAGAGCACAAAGAACUUUGCGAGGAAAGUAGCAGAUCAUUACAGUCGAAGAACAAACCAAACAUUGGAAGAGAGAGAAGCUAGUCCCAUCAUUCAUUUGAAGAAACUUAACAAUUGGAUUAAAAGUGUGUUGAUCCAGCUUUAUGCUCGUCCUGACGAUGCUGUUCUAGACCUUGCCUGUGGGAAGGUUAUUGUACUCUUGUUGUGUUCAUGUCAGUGGUUAUGUUUCUUAAGACUGAUUGCUAUGUAUUGCUUUAACAUCUGCCAGGGUGGUGAUUUGAUCAAGUGGGACAAGGCAAGGAUCGGGUACUAUGUUGGAAUCGAUAUAGCUGAAGGUUCGAUUGAAGACUGUCGAACGCGUUAUAAUGGGGACGCAGACCAUCACCAACGCCGUAAGAAGUUCAGCUUUCCCUCCCGUUUAUUAUGUGGUGAUUGUUUUGAGGUAGAACUAGACAAGAUUCUUGAAGAGGAUGCCCCUUUUGAUAUCUGCAGUUGCCAGUUUGCAAUGCAUUACUCAUGGACUACUGAGGCACGUGCACGACGAGCUUUGGCUAAUGUCUCAGCUCUUCUUCGUCCUGGAGGCGUCUUUAUCGGAACAAUGCCUGAUGCCAAUGUUAUCAUUAAAAAACUCCGACAAGCUGAAGGUUUGGAGAUUGGUAAUAGUGUGUACUGGAUUCGUUUUGGUGAAGAAUAUUCUCAAAAGAAGUUCAAAUCUAGCAGCCCCUUUGGUAUCGAAUACAUAUUUCAUCUCGAGGAUGCUGUUGAUUGCCCUGAAUGGAUUGUGCCCUUUAACAUCUUCAAGUCUUUAGCCGAAGAGGUAACUAAUUUUACCCCUCUCCGUGUUCAAGGGUUUAGACAUUAUUUAUCAUUCAGGUUGACAUUGUCCCAUGAACAGUAUGAUCUAGAGUUGGUGUUUGUGAAGAACUCACACGAGUUUGUCCAUGAGUAUAUGAAAAAACCAGAGUUUGUAGAACUCAUGAGAAGGCUUGGUGCUCUAGGUGAUGGUAAUCAAGACCAGAGCACGUUAUCAGCUGAUGAAUGGGAUGCUGCAUAUCUAUACCUCUCUUUUGUCUUGAGGAAGGGAGGAGGACACUCUGUUGGAGCUCAAAGGAGAGGAGGGAGGAGGAAGAAUGGGAAAAUGAACUUAUCCAAAGACGAUGUUUUGUAUAUUGAUAACUGAAGUGUAAAAGAGUGUAAUUUUACACAAUGGAGAGUCUCUCAAGACUGUUUUUCUGUGCUAUGCUUUAGUAGAAUAUACCAUCAGGACUCUGACCAUCAUCAUCAUCAUCAUGAUAAAACUCAUGAUUUGUAGUAUGUUUUUCGCAAAUCACUUUGUAUAACAGGUUCAAAGGCGUUUUGUUUGUA